UAGAGGAUGCUAAAGUCAAAUAGGUUAGAAUAGACUUUAGUCAAGGAGGCUAUUCUAACCUCCUUGAGUAAAGUAUACCUCUCCUCAGACAUACAGCCUUAAACUAAAUAAGUUAAUCCUUAUUAUUAAAUUUUCGUAAAGGAUCUUUCUUUCUUCCGCGAUACCAUUUCACCUUCUCAUUUUUGAUUUGUAUGUUAAGCCCCAUGAGUCUUUUGCGAGUAAUGGUCACUAUCACAGAAACAACUACUACUACUGAUAUUAGAAUUGCAGACAGCUGCAUAGAAGAAAGGUAUUCAAAUGCACCUUUGAAGUAAAACGUUAGUCUUUCAUAAAAGUUAUGUGUUGACUCUAGGAGAAUGGCGACCGAUAAUGAAUCGAGUCGAGCAUUACCUGAUCUUGUAAUAGAUAUUGAUAAUGUAGAUGAUAAUUCUGUUUUAUUUUCGAACAAUGAAAUUCCUUCUUCCUCAAACAAGGGCAUGCAAGACUGUCAAACUCCUAAUUCCCAACGUGGAAACAAACAUGGUAAUAAACAGUUGAACUGCGAAGAACAAAAGUCAGUAAAAACGGAUGCUAGAGCAACUCCUAGACGUCCCCAAUUCAAUAAUAAUAAAGGCACAAAUAAAUCUAAGCCAUCUGAGGUGCAGUGUGGUCGGUCAUGCGAGCAACAUACGUUUUUGACAGACAUUACAGAAGUGCGACAGAUGGAACAGGGACUUCUAAAACUUCUAGAUGAUUUUCAUUCUGGAAAACUGCAAGCAUUUGGAAAAGACUGUACAUUUGAAAAAAUGGAGCAGGUUCGGGAACAGCAAGAGAGAUUAGCUCGACUGCAUUUUGAGUUAAAUGCGCAGCAAGAAAUAUAUGGGCCUCAGUCAGAAGACGGCAGGCGAGUUGGUCGAGAAAAUCUUGGAAAAUUAAUAGAAAAUUAUACAUUCAACCCUCAGCCAUGAUGGAUAUCAAAAGCUGUUAAAAGUUCUAGUGUUUUCUACUGCACUUUAAAUUAUGACAGCUUAAAAGUUGCCUAGGAUGAUAACACAGUGAGUUUCCCCAAUUGGAUUUUUGAGCUCCUAACAAUAUCCAGUGACUGGACUGCAAAAACAAAAAUUAAAGAGUGAGUAAUGCAUGCGUGAAGGUCAUCAGACUUUAUAUUUGCUGUGUUCCUUCAUUCACCUGUUAUGUAACAUGAUUUAUUUGUGAUGAAGACUCCGAGGAUUUUCUGCUAGUGCGGUGGGUUUUUCUGUGUCAAGGCCAUGUUUAUAGUUGAAAAAAAAAAAAUGAUGUGUUAAGCGUCUCAGCGAUUUUGUGUGUUUGCGUGUAAUGAAAAAUGUGCACAUCUUCUGUGAGAUUCUAACGGAGUUUAUAGUCAAAAAAGUGUCAGCGAGUGUUCAAGUAUCAGUGCUUCAAAAUUUUUUCCAAAGUGUAUUUGGUACAAAUUCAUCGAAAAAAGUGUUUUAAUGUAAAUUUUUCAGUGUUAUGAUAUGCGUAGAUUCAAUAUCGUGAUCAUUGCUUCCAAAAAAAAAUUGUUGUUUCAGAGGUAAUUAGUGUAAAUUCUUCAGAAAUUUCAGUGCAAAGUGAUCAGUGUGAUUUAUUUUCGUGUUUUCGUGUAAUGUUAAUUCUCAAUCGUGUGUGCGACUAUUAAUUAUGCAAACUAGAUCUAAAACAAAAAUGGCUACAGAAAAAAGUGAACUUGCGACUGUUAGUAUUGAUAAAUUUCUGUGUGCCAUAUUUGAUGGAGAAAAUUCGGAUUUACCUAUGAAUAAAUAUUUUUAACUAUUUAGAAAAUAAGUGUCAUAAUAAGAAUAUUGGAGACAAGGACAAAUCAUUAGUAUUUUCUGAAUGCCUCCGUAGGAAGGCUUUAUCAUUUUAUUUAAGACAGUCUGUUGAAUUGGAUUGGCAAUCUGUAAAAAACAAAUUCCUUACAUAUUUCUCCACCAAUCCAAUGACAUCGACAAGUAUUAUCUACGAUUUUACUUUAUUUAUUUAUGACUUCGACUUUAAAAUUAGAUUAUAAAAUAAUAAUUCAAUCAUUGAAAUUGGGUCUUCCCGAGCACCAGUAAAUGUGUGCAAAAUGUCAUCAAUUUAAACGGUUAUUGGCAACUCCCAGAUAAAGUGUGUCACUAAAUGUUUUCGAACCAAGAUUUUACCAGUCUCGGUAUCAUGCUCCUUGGCUUAUGAAAAGAAAGUUUUGGUUAAAGUAGUUCAAAAUUAGCUUCAUCAUCAGCAUUAUGCAAGUUAUAUGACAUGGAUUAAUCUAGAAAUGACGCACUCCAGAAAUUAUUACAUAUAUGUGGCAGCACACUACAGUAGAAGUCCAUUAGUCCGGCAUCCAACAGUUCGGAAUGCCCGAUAGUCGGCAUCGCUCCGGAAAAUUGUAAAAAUUUUGGUUUUCUCCAAAAGUGUGUCUUUAAAGCAAAUAAAACCGCUCGAGAGCUAUUCG